AUGUUCCGUUUAUUAUUAUUAUUAAUAAUCAGUUUGCCGAUUGUAUUUUGUGCGUUUGGUGGCUUAGUUGGACGUGUACAAAGCACCGGUGUUCGAGGUACAUUAAUGUGCAACGGACGACCUGCACCUCGGGUACUUAUCAAAUUAUACGAUGAUGACAGAGGAAUUGAUAUGGAUGAUUUCAUGGGUGAAACAAAAUCUGAUUCGCAAGGAAAUUUCGAGCUCUCCGGCUACAUACAUGAAAUGUCACCAAUUGAUCCGAAAUUCAACAUUUACCAUGACUGCAAUGAUGGAAUUAAGCCAUGCCAGAGAAAAAUCAGCAUUAUGAUACCAGAUGGUUAUAUCACAGAAGCAAAAACACCACGGAAAUGGUAUAAUGCGGGUACAAUUGAAUUAGCUGGCAAAUUUGCUGGAGAAACUCGCGAUUGUAUACAUUAA